AUGGGAUUCGGCACUAAUCCACUUUAGAAUUAGAAUCAUGAAGAUAAGAGUCAAUAUGCAAUCACUGGAAGACCUUAAUAGAAUGAUGUUCAUUCAAUUUAUGUAAAAGGAUCUUAACCUUGGUGGAGAAGAUGGUGGGCUACUCGUGACAUGUUUUAAGAGCAUCAUUGGGAAGUUCUCACAUGUGCAAAGUAUGCUUAUAAAGGGGCUCUUACUGCCAUAUUAUUUGGAGCUACAUACUAAUUCAAGCAAUUAUCAGUGAAUGCAUUGGCAAUCAAUAAAGGAAGGGUCUUUGGAAGCAAAAAUGGAUUCACAGGUCCAGCUUUCAUUGCCCUUCGAUAAGCAUCUAGACACGGAGCUCUUGGUGCUUUCUUUGGAGUUACUUACUUUUUCUGGUUUUAUUAACUUGUUUGUUCAAGAGGUCAUGAACAUACACUUAAUAGAUAUGUUUUUGGUCAUGCAGCUUAUGGAGCAGCAUUGGCAGCAUUUUUCAGCAUCAGAAGAUAUGGACCAGGAGCUUUGUUGGGAGGACUAAUUGGUUGGAUUUAUUACAAUACAGCUCAUGGCAAUUUGUAGAUUGGAAAUAAGGCCGAACAGGGAAUCAAUUUUGAAUUCAAUGGAUUAACACCUGAACAAAGAGAAGCUAUAAGACAAAGAGAUUUGAUUAGUCAUUUGAGUAGAACACCAGAAUUCAAAUUAAAUUUAUUCAAUAAAGUAUGAAAAUUACAACAUAUAAUAUAAAAUUUAAUAUCAUAUCAAUAUGCAAAAA